UUUACAAGACAUCACGGAUCACGGACGAGAGAACAGCCGCGGGAAGAGGAUACAAAGAAUAAAAUAAGUUUAAGAGUAUAAAACGAUAUGUAUUGGUAUAUAUCGUGUAAGACAUGAGUAUGAGAGGGAAAGAAUGAUGAUAAAUAACUUUGGAAAGUUCCAGGAACCCUAAAAGGCUGCGAGAACCUAUAACUGGUUGGGACUAGGGUUUUUUAAGUUAUUUCAGAUAAAUCGUACAAGUUUAUUAGAGAUAAGAAGAAAGUUGUAUAGAAGAAUUCGUAAAGACCGUGAAGUAGUGGAUGUCCGAGCAACGACUCCGGAUGUAACGGUGUCCAUGAGGAAGCUCCAACGCCCAGGGAAUGACAUCGCCGCCGCCGCAGCCGCUGUCUUAGGUAGUAUCAAACCGGUCCCACAGUCAGGAAAGGGAAUUAAAUGAGAAAAUGAGUGUCAUCUAGCGAAAUUAAUGAGGAAAAUAGUAAAUUGUUAUUACAAAAUGAAAUAAUUGUCAUUACUUAUUAUGAUUAUUAUUAUUAUUAUCAUUACGUAUGUCAGGUACAGGUAGCAUUUUAAUUUACAGUACCGAGUAGAGAUACUGGUAUCGCAUCGGGCCGGCUUUGGUUUUUAAACAAGCCUGAAAAUAAUGAAUCGACUUAUAAGUAUGAGAAGAAAUAAAAAAAAAAAAAAAAAAAAAAAUGAUGGAAAAGAAUAAAGAAAGGUUUGUCGUGGUGGAAACAAAAGUUGUCGACCACAAACCACGUCUGGUGUGGUAGUGAGUAUGAGUAUGAGGCUGUGCUGGACUAUUUUAUUUAUUUUUUUUCAUUCGGCAUCUCUUAUUUCGGAGUCGGAGUCAGAGGCCCUGUAGCCGCGAGCCGCGAGCCGCGUGCACCACGACAGGGUAUCGGGGAACCAGACUAACCGGGCAACGUUCUUGAUGUUUAUACACACAUGAGUAUAGAGAACGAGAGUUUAAGUUAAGUCUCCUCUACUCGGUGAGUAGCCACAACCAGCCAACGGCUUUUGCAGGCUUUUGUGCGUACAUACCACGUGAAAAUGCUGGUCAGGUUGGUAGAUGCAUUCUCUGGCUACCCACCCGCCACCCGCCACCCGCCUCCCGUUUCUCCUCAUCCUCCUCCACCCUGUAAUGUGGUGGUAGUAGUAGUCUUUCUCUCCAUAAACCAGGCGAGGGCCGACGGGUCUUUCCCCUCACAUAAUAUUUAUUAUACGUCGCGGAUGAAUUAUGGCCCGUUAACGUUGCUUUCGAGACUCAACAGGAGGAUGAACACAACCCGAGUUUUAUCCAUCCAAGGGUACCCAGAUUGUUCCCCAGAUGUAUCAGCUACGAAGCCUAGAUUAUCUCAGACGUUUCUCUAAAUCAUUUUAUACGUGUAUUAAUAUCUAUUGUAUCAUUAAAUUAAUCUCACUAUAUUUUUAAAUCAAUAAAAUGGAUAAUGAUAAAACCAAGUUGAUGGGUUCCUCUGGGUAAAUUUAAAUACUGGUCAAACCACAGGCACAGGAGAUUCAGGAUUAUUUUUCCAUGACGCAAUACGCUACUUGUUUAAAUGCUGAAUUAAUUCAAAUUAAAUAUUGCUUAUACUUUUAUUACCUGCAAGAAUAACAACUUGCUUGUAGCAGAUAGAUAUUGUUGGUAACCAUUUAAUUGUGAAUAGAAAGUGUCAUGGAGCAGUUGAGCGAACACGACAAAAGUAUUUUGGACACAAUCUUUGAUCCGCUUCAGCUCAUGUCAUCCGGUCAAAAUUCUGACGAACCGGAAGACGAAAUAACUGAUAAAAUAGAAAAUCUCGAGAUAGAGAACUUGGUAAAACGAGCAAUCGAUACAGCGGAAUCUGAAGAACUAGAUAAAGCUCUUUUACUUUUCGAUGAAGCGAUUACAAAAGCUCCCGAUCGCCCGUCGAUUUUAAACGACCGAGCUCAAGCGCUCCGUCUUGCUGGGCGAGUUGGUGAGGCUUUGAAAGACUUGGAUCAAGCUGUGACACUGAGCUGUGGCAGAGGGAAAGCCGGCACGAAGGCGCUGUGUCAGCGUGGGUUACUUCAUCGUCUCGAAGGUCGUAAAGAUGAAGCUAAAAGAGAUUUUGAAAUCGCGGCCAAGAAUGGCUCGGCAUUUGCUCGUAGUCAGUUAGUUGAUUUGAAUCCUUACGCUGCUAUGUGUAACGCAAUGCUCAAAGAAAUAACUUCAAAGUCUGUGCAGUUGUAAAAUAAAAAUUUUCCUUUUAAAUCCAUGCAAAAAAUGAAAAUUAAUUCUAUUCUAUUCUAAGCUACCCCCUCGAAGGUACAUAUGUUUUUGACAGCUGCUGCUCCUUGCAAUUUAGAAAUUAUUCUGACAAGAAAACAGUCAAAAACAGCUGUUCGAUCCUUUCUAGACAUGGUUUUUAAAUAGCCUGAUUAUAAAAGGCCUGUCCUAGAAAAAUUAAAAAUCUUUAAAUAAAAAUCUUCUAACAAAAAAUUA